AAUAAAGCGAAGAAGACAAAAUAUCGAGGAUGGACAGACAAAUAUCUCUGUUACACGCCCUGAAAGUUGAAAUAGCUUUGUAUGCGCUGCUCGAAGAGGACAUGUGGAAGUGUUACGGUAAAAUGUGUCGAGAAGCCAAACGUCGGCGGAAAAGGCGCUGGUACGUCAGUCCUCUGUACGAGUCCAGGCCCGACCAGGGCGAGUACAGUCUCCUACGGCAGAUGUACAGUAUCGACGAAAACAUGCAUUUCAAGUAUUUUCGCAUGUCGCAGCAGCGGUUUUCGGACUUAUUGCAGCGCUUGGAGCCGCACGUCAGCCACCAGUCGACCCACAGUUGUCCCAUCAGCCCCGGUGAGCGGCUCGCCGUGGCGCUGAGGAUCCUGGCUUCAGGGGCCACUCAGAAAAGUGUGGCCGCCAGCUUCAAGAUGGGAUCCACCACCGUCUGCCGCAUUCUGUCUGAAAUAUGUCAGCUCAUCUGGCAGGUCCUGCAUGCACAAUUUGUGGCUUUCCCCAACCGUGACGGUUGGUCUGCCAUUGCUGAAGAUUUCUGGGGUUUGUGUAAUUUUCCCAAUUGUGUGGGUGCCAUUGAUAGCAAGCACAUAAAGAUUAGAGCGCCACCUCGUUCUGGCAGCGAGUUUGUCGGUAAUAAGGACAAUCAGGCUAUUGUCCUGCUGGCCAUGUGUGAUGCCCGUUAUAAAUUCACAAUGAUUGAUGUGGGAUCCUAUGGUGAUGAUGGAGAUGUUUUCCAGCAGAGCUCCUUUGGUAACAGCUUGCUGCAGAACAAACUGGACUUUCCACCACCUUCUUGCCUUCCUGGAACCAACAUCAAAUCACCACCUGUAAUUGUUGGGGAUGCGGACUUUCCACUGCAUUUGAAUCUCAUGAAACCAUUUCCAGGUUCAAACCUUGAGGAGGGGCCUCGCUUAUACAAUUACCGACACGCCAGAGCAAGGAGCAUCAUCGAGAACUCUUUCAGCAUUCUCACUGCAAGGUGGCGGAUUCUUGGAAGGCCAAUUGAGUUCCAUACAGACAAGGCGAUAAAUGUGGUCAAGGCAUGCGUGGCCCUCCACAACUACCUCAUCAGUACUGAUGACACAAAUGUACAAGCAGCCAGAUACAUCCCACUCAACUUCACAGACUCACAGUCAGAAUCUGGUGAGAUGCAGGACUGUGAGUGGAGAAGGCAGGUGGCAGAUGACAGUGGGCUUGUUAACCCUGGACCGCUGUCACACGGUACAGCCUCCAGGGCUGCUGUUGGAGUGCGGAGGAACCUCAUGCACUUUUUCCAGUCUCCUGAAGGAACAACACCCUGGCAGGAUGCACCACAGGACAAAUAACUCUGACGUCACCGGC